AUGAAACUGUUUCUUGUAACGUUUACCAUCAUCCAACUACUCACCAGCGAGUGCUUGGGUAAGAGUUUGUUGAUGGGUACACAACUGGAUAGUAAGUUUGCAUCUUGUGGUGCGGGCUAG